UGCUAUUGCAAUGGAUUUUUGGAUGCCCGUUGACUCUCCGUGUGCGCUCACAGGCCUUCGUUUUGUAGACACGGUGCCUGACAGACUCAUGUUGCUCGACUAACCAAGAUGGGACAGGCCGCCCAUAGGCACUGAGAUGCUGAGCCUGUGGAAGAAGUUUGUGUUCUCGUUUGGCUCGAUAGUCUGCAUAACAUCUGCUGUGGUUUUGGUAGUAGCACUGUCAAGUAACAACUGGGUGAUAGGAACCAUUCGUUGCAAAACAGGAGUAGACCUGGUCAACGCCUCAGUUACAGAGUUGGUUCAAUUCACCGGCGACAUUUAUUUUGGUCUGUUUCAGGGAAGUAAAACUAGGAAAUGUGGACUCGGAAGUCGCCGGUCAAAAAUAUACAUUGUACCUACACUUGUGAGGACACUGAGGGGACUUCAUGCUGCUGUCAUCCUGUUCAUAUUCGUUGCCAUAGGUUUUGCCUGUGUCAGUUUAGCCUUCUGUAUUUACAAUGCUAGGAAAGUGCCAUACCAGUCCAUCAAAGGACCAUUUGGACUGUACUUCUGGAACUUUAUUGCAGGUGUAUUUGGUGCACUGGCAUCCCUCUGUUUCCUAGCAUCGGUGUGUCACUACAGCUUGACAGAAACAGUGGCCAAUUACAAAGAGGAGUUUUUCCAAUUUGUGGUUGUGACAGAAGACUUUGGGUGGUCCUUCUGGUUGUGUGUGGCCAGUGCUGGUUUGCAUGGAGCCAAUAUACUAAUAGUGGCUAUGAGCUAUAUUCAUCUACCCAAAAUACAGACUAAGAAACCGGAAGAGCCUACAGCGACUGGAGAUGACUUACUAUAUUGAAAACAAAAUACCCUAUCAAGGACAUGCUGUAUAAUUUGUAAAUGAUUUAUUGUGUUACUUUUUCACAUGCAAGCAAAUUAAAGUU